AUGAACUCGGCAGCAAUAGCACUUGACGCUGUUUUUAUAGCGAACCGAGGCGAUGCCGCACUCCGAGUCAUUCGUACGGCGAAACGACUUGGACUCGUGACAGCGGUAGCUUGCACUCGCGCUGAACUCGUGCGACCCACAGCAGCGGUCGACGCUGCCGACUACGCUGUGGAACUCGACGGGGCACUGCCCGCCGCUGGUCCAGCCACAGCGCCCUACGUCGACGUGGAACGCGUCGUACUGGCAGCGGAACGCUUCCGAGAGCGACUCCUGGAACGUAAACCUGAUGCUCGCAAGUCGGUAUCCGCUCUGCAGGUGGCGGUGCAUCCAGGCUGGGGGUUUCUUUCGGAGCGCUCCGACUUUGCGAACGCUGUGCUGGAGCGCGGCUUCCGGUGGUGCGGGCCGUCGGCACACGCCAUGCAGGCCAUGGGCGAGAAGGUGUCUGCGCGGGAGACCAUGUCCAAGGCGGCGGUACCUGUGGUGCCCGGCCUGCGUCUCGCUCAGGUAGCGUCGCAGUCAACGGAGGUGCAACGCCUCGGAGAGAUGCUCGUAAGCCAGGUCGGCUUUCCGCUCAUCCUCAAACCUGUUUACGGCGGCGGUGGCAAAGGCAUGCGCGUUGUACGACAUCCCAGCGAGCUGCCGCGUGCGCUGCAGGCCGCUCGCCGCGAAGCACGUAUCGCAUGUGGCGAUGAUACGCUCCUGGCGGAGCGAUACCUCGAAUCUGUUCGCCACAUUGAAUUUCAGAUAUUCGGAGGCUAUCGGGAUGGAGCCUACGAAGCCGUGCAUCUUUACGAACGCGACUGCUCUGUGCAGCGACGUCAUCAGAAGAUCGUGGAGGAGUCACCGGCCCCUGGUCUGCCGGUCGCUACCCGCGAAAAAAUGGCCCAGUGUGCGGUGCGAGCCGCCCGGGCCGUCGCCUACGAGGGCGCUGGCACCGUCGAGUUCCUCUAUGAUCCCGUCCGGGAGGAUUUCUUCUUCAUGGAGAUGAAUACGCGCCUGCAGGUAGAGCAUCCGGUCACCGAGAUGAUCGUGCGCACCAGGCCCCUGAACGUCGGCACGCUCCAGAACAGCAGAAGGACGCUGGACGGGAGCCCCGGAGACCGGUCGGAGGCCGCCCCAGUGGACCUUGUCGAGUGGCAGUUUCGCGUUGCUGCUGGCGAGCCGCUCCCAGUUGCCAGUCAGGAUGCGCUCUCGAUUCGUGAACCAGCACAUGCGAUGGAGUUGCGUGUGUACGCUGAAACACCCGAUGAACAGGGCAACUGGCUGCCCCAGCAAGGCCGUCUGGAGCGGUUCGCGAUCGACGGUCUCGAUAUCGAACAGCACAUGCCAACGGAUACGCUUCGUGUUGAUGCAGGUAUCCGCACCGGGGACGAAGUCUCUAUCGAGUUCGAUCCGAUGAUUGCGAAAAUCAUUGUGUGUGAACCGGAACGCCCCCAGAGCAUUUCAGCGUUGCAACGGCUGCUCGAAUCGAGUCAAAUAUGGGGUGUUUCGACGAAUGUUCCUUUUUUGCAGGCUUUACUCGCCGACGAAGAGUUCCUGCAUGGAGUAGGUGGACGUGGUCACGGUGUUCCGGUUACCUGGUUGGAGCACCGCUUGCCGUUGCUGCUAUCGCGUACCGUCUCCGCGGGUGCAGUGCGGUCGGAAACCGCACCGCCGGGGACGCGAUCGGUGUUGGAAACAUCCAGCACGCUGCAAGGCGCCUCUUUGGAGACAUAUGCAUCUGCACGAGAGACGCAGAAGCGUCCCGAUGAACAGGGAUGUCCUCUGGACCUCGAGAGUCGUGGCGACGGGAGCGAUGUCGCCCGACUUGCCUCGUCUGCAGUGCCGGUGUGGAGAGCGCUGGCGGCAACCGCCUGGGCUGCUACCGAGCCCUACUGGCUGCUGAGUCGACCUUUCGGCGGCUUUCGUAAUGAUGGACGCGGCAAUCGAUUCGAAUGGUACCUGGAGUACCCGGUGCUGCAGCAGAUGCAGCAGCGAGCACCAUUGCAGCGACCUACAAACGAGUCGAUGCUUCCGUCGUUCUACCGAGCGCUGCUUCGACUGGGGCGUGCACCCGCUACCGUUUGUUUCUUUCCGAGCGCUGCGGAUGCUGCGCCCCGAACCGGCCUGGAAAAUCACCCCGAGCGCGAUGAUCUUCUCGACUGGGUAGUGGAAAUACAACAGGUCUGGCCGGCUGCCUCAGAGUCAGCUGUUGUGCCUUUGACGCUCUAUCCGGAUGAACGACUCGCGAUCGACGGUGUGGUCGCUCCGGUUGACGCGUAUUGUGUGGAGGCGCCUUUGGAAGCGACCGAUCAUGAAGAGCUAGCCCCGCAGUGGUGCUUUCGCCUCGCGGACGGGACAAUUGUUCGCGUCCAUACACCGCUCUCUUUCGCGCUGUGGCGUCUCGGGAGGCGGGAACUUACCAGCACCAGCACCAGCACCAGCGCCAGCACCAGAGUAGCACAAGCGGAGACCGGGUUGCAUCGCCGUCCGGCAGGCAAAGCCGCUGUCGAGUCGCUCCCGGGUCAGGUGCUGAGUCCCAUGCCCGGUCGACUCCUGGAACUCCUCGUGCAGAAGGGCCAAAUGGUGCAUCACGGGGAGCCACUCGCUAUUCUCGAAGCCAUGAAAAUGGAGCAUACGGUUCGAGCACCCAUGGAUGGCGUCGUGACUCGUGUCACAGAGCUUCCGUGUGGUGCUUAUAUGCCCGCUGGUACGUUUCUCUGCAUGCUGCGGGAUCUGCGGAAGGAGCCUUCUGAACAAGCAGACAAGGUUUGA